AAGAACUGCAGCUCACAGCAAAAAUGCCCCCAAAAAGAGAACAUCCUGCUUUUGAUGGGGGUCAAAAGAGGCCUAAGUCAUCAGUAACACCUGACAGGAACCCAUCACCAGGACCAAGUGAAAUUUCAUUGAAGAGUGACAGGUCGAUGGGUUUACCCCCAAAAUUGUCAUGCAAUGAUGCUCCUCCAUCUUCAUCCCCACUUACACGGUUUUUCAGAAGUGGACCAUCACCAGGGCCGAGUAUCCUGUCACAGAAGAGUGAUAGGUCAAUGGGUUUACCCCCAAAAUUCUCCAGAGAAGACACAAGUUUCAGUGACCUGAGCAUUAGCCUUCUGACAGAGGAUCACUUUAGGUGCAUAGUGUGCACAGAAGGGCUAAAAGAUCCAGUCAGCAUCCCCUGUGGACACAGCUACUGCAGACAAUGUAUAAGCACUUACUGGGCACAGCCGAGGCAUGAGGGAGAUUACGCCUGUCCACAGUGCUCAGCAACAUUCAGCACGCUCCCUAAGCUUUACACCAAUGAAUCCUUGGAAAGGUUCAUUCAGUUGCUGCAACAGACAGGCUUCAGUCCUGUUUUUGCUGUGCAGUCAUUCGCUGGACCUGGAGAUGUGACCUGCGAUUUCUGCAGAGGAAGGAAGCUUAGAGCGAUCAAGCUCUGUCUGACCUGCGUUAUAUUUUACUGUGAAAACCAUGUCAGAGACCACUAUUUGGUUCCUGAACUGCAGAAGCACACAUUAGUAGAAGCUGAUGUAAAACUUGAGAAGUACAUUUGCUUGAAGCAUCACAGAAAAAUGGAAGUGGUCUGCAAUGAUGAAGAAUCCCUCAUCUGCGCUCUAUGUGCACUUUUGGAACACUCUGGCCAUAACAUCAACGUUGUUGGUUUGGAAGAGAUCAAUUCAGAGGCUGAUUUGGUGUUGGAUCCAGAAGAAGGCAUUAAGCCUGAUUUGGAUUUAGGUUAUUCUAAACUCCAAUCUGAAAUAAUGGAGAUGAAGGAAAGAAAAUCUUCAUUGAUGGAUUCAAUUGCUAAACUGGAGUUAAGGAAGAGUCUCUUAGAGAACACCUGCUCUGAGAUGAAGAGAAGGAAUCUUGAUAUUGAGACCAGAGUCGCAGAGCAGCAGGAAGAUAAUUUGUCGUCAGAGAGUGGAUUUCUAAGAUUGAGGGAGCAAGCUUCUGGUUUUCAACAACUUGCUGAUAACGUUGAGAAUAGCUCGAACUCCAUGGCAAAUGUGUGUUCUUUGGAGGAUCAUUUUGAAUCAGAUCAAUUGGAUGAUCCGGAUGUGGAGAAUUCAGAGUCAUUGAAAGAGGUGUUUGUGAAGAACAGUUCUGAUCAAACUAAACAGCCAGAUGAUCCAGAGAGGAAAAGAUUGAAUGCAUAUCCAGGCAGUGAAAUGGGCAAAGAGGAAGAUGUAUUUGUAGAAUGUCCUUCCGGUGUGGUGACAAAUAAUUUUGAGGGAAUUCAGUCUGGAGAAAUCAGGCAAUUAAUUGCAUCCCUGGGUGAAUCUCAAAAGACUGUCAACAUAGUUGAUAUUACAUUGGACACUGACACAGCCCAUCGACGCUUGGAGGUCUCCAAAGAUGGAAAGAGUGUAAGAUUCACCGAGCGGAGAGGAGAGAAGAAGGUGGACCUUGACAGUUCCAAAAGAGACCUUCUCACUCAAUUUGUGACAAGAAUUUAUGUACCGUUGAAAAGCAGAGGAACAUGAAUGGAAAAUGUGAGGCCACAACAUACGUAACCCCGUAGAUGAUUUAACUCAAACUUUGUGAAAUUCUGAAUCUGUUUGUUUUCUUAUUUUCAAAAAAUACACCUGAAAACCUUACAUAACUAAAGAGAUUGG